AUGGAGACGUAUCACGGGCACGUCCGCACCCCUGCGGACGCUAUUAUCCUCUUCGAGGCAUGUCGCAUAGGCAUGCUGCCUCGCGUGCAGCGGCGGCUUUCGGAGAAGGAGCGCCAGCUGAUCCAGUCGGGCUCGGUCUUUGUCUGGGAUGAGCGAGAAGCUGGCAUGCGGCGAUGGACGGAUGGAAAGUCAUGGAGCGCGAGCCGUGUUUCGGGCAGUUUCCUCACAUAUCGCGAAAUGGAGGGUAAGCGCGGAGGCACCAGCGUACCGACACAACAGCCUCGCGCUGGGAAAACGCCAGACAGCGCACGAGGGAGCGAUGAUGACCGAGAUGGACCGGACGAUGGCCCGGAUGGGUAUCGGUAUAAGCCUGACGGUCUGAUGAAGCAGUCAUUCAGUAUCACGACCUCUACCGGCCAGCACCUACAUCUCAUCAGCUACUAUUCGCGGUCGCAUCCAAAUGCCGCGAAUCUGCCACAACCGUCCAAUGAUCCCAACCUCCGCAGUGUGCGCCCACAAAAGGGUCUGUAUCCAGAGUCGACGGUCAACGACCAGCAAAAUCUUCCCGUGGUCACUCGCGGGCCGAUGACCGGCGGCAAUCCAUACGCUGUGCCCCCACCGCAUCCCCAACACCAUCCCAUGGCCGCCGCCUAUGCUGCUCGCUCUGGUGCUGCUACGCAUCCUCAGUCAUAUGCCACCGGCUAUCCCUGGCCUCCGACACCGCUCGGCACACCUCCCACCGUCACCAUCCACUAUCCCGCCUACUUGUCGCCUGCUCAACAUCCAACAUAUCAUGCCCUCCCACCACCGCCGCCGCAACCUUCAGGCCUUCCCCCUGGCUACGAACGAGCGAUCCACCCGAUCGAGAGCGCUGUACACGCACCACCGCCGCCGCAUGUACUACAGCAGGGCCCUCUGUUAGUAUCCGCCCGGUCUCCGCGUGUAAUCGCCGAACCCACCCCGCCAGAUUACGCAGACCCCCGCCGAGCGUCCCCGCGCACCCAACCUCACCCAAGCCCCCACGCAAACGGAAUUCCCGUCCCACUACCAGCCACUCGAAGCCCGCGCGUGAUCCACCAGGCUCCUCCUCCCCCAGCGUCAGCAUCCCUCAGCAUCCCGCCUCCUAAUUCAACCCCCAAACUCUCUCCUCCUGAGACCAACGGCUCCGGUACCACAGUCCCGAGCAUCAGCGCGAUCAUGAACGGGAGCCAGGCAGGCCCGCUACCUUCGAUCUCAGCAGCGCCACCGCCUCCGCCAGGCGCUCCAUCACCCGCUGGCUCGGGUUCUGCACCGGGGGCGCGGCCUGCAGAUGGGCCGCGCGAUAUCCCCAGCGACAAGAUUGGCUUUGGCGGCGAGGAUAUGCGAGCGCUCCGUCAACUCGAUCGCGUCUUUACUACAUGA